AUGGCAACCCGCAUGACAGUGAGGGGGCACAAGGCACUGGACCUGUGGGCCUGGGGAAGACAAAAACACUUUUCUGUUUCUCCCAAACUUUCAAGUGUGUUGUCAGGAUCAUUACUAUUUAGAGAUGUGGCCAUAGAAUUCUCUCUGGAGGAGUGGCAUUGCCUGGACACUGUAUAGUGGAAAUUGUAUAUGAAUGUGAUGUUAGAGAACUACGGAAAUAUGGUCUUCCUUGUUAUGUGUUUUCAUUUUGCCCAAGAUCAUUGUCCAAAGCAGAGCCUACAAGAUUCUUUCCAAAUUGUGAUACUGAGAAGAUAUGAAAAAUGUGAAUAUGGCAAUUUAGAGUUUAAAAAAGUCUGUGAAAUUGUGGAUGAGUGUAAGGUGCACAAAAGAGGUUAUAAUAGACUUAACCAAUGUUUAACAACUACCCAAAGAAAAAUAUUUCAAUAUGAUAAAUAUGGGAAAGUCUUUCAUCAAUUUUCAAAUUCAAACAGACAUAGAGAUAAAACAUACUGGAAAAAACCUUUCAAAUGCGUAGAGUGUGGCAAAGCUUUUAACCAGUUCUCAACCCUUACUAUACAUAAGAAAAUUCAUCCUAGCGAGAAACCCAACAAAUGUGAAGAAUGUGGCAAAGCCUUUAAGUACUCCUUCAACUGGUCCUCAAUCCUUACUACACAUAAGAAAAUUCAUACUGGAGACAAACCCUACAAAUGUGAAGAAUGUGGCAACGGGUUUCACCUAUCCUCACACCUUACUACACAUAAGAUACUUUAUACUGAAGAGCAACCCUAUAGAUGUAGAGAAUGUGGCAAAGCUUUUAACCAUUCCACAACCCUUUUUUCACAUAAGAAAAUUCGUUCUGGAGAAAAACCAUACAAGUGUGAUAAAUGUGGCAAAACCUUUAUUUCAUCCUCAAACCUUAGUAGACAUAAAAUAAUUCAUACUGGAGAGAAACCCUACAAAUGUGAAGAAUGUGGCAAAGCCUUCAACCGGUCCUCACACCUUAGUAGACAUAAGAUAAUUCACACUGGAGAGAAACUCUACAAGUGUGAAGAAUGUGGUAAAACCUUUACCUGGUCCUUAAGCCUUAGUAAACAUAAGAAAUCUCAUAUUGGAGAGAAACCCUACAAAUGUGAAGAACAAUGUGGCAAAGCUUUUAGAUGUUUCCCAUACCUUAAUAAGCAUAAGAUAAUUCAUACUGGAGAGAAACCCUAUGAAUGUGAUGAAUGUGGGAAAGCCUUUGACCACCCCUCAACUCUUACUAAAUAUGAGAAUUUAUAUGGAACAUAA